UGGCAGAGGGAGAUCCGUGGUGCGGGACUGUGCGGGACUGUGGGUGGUGAAGAGCGUGUUCUGUUGAACACGCCGAGGGUGACUGGAAGAGGACUUCCUGAGGUCCUGUCCCCAGGCUGCAGUCACUGGGCUUUCACUGGAGCAGAAGGUGCCAGAAGGCAGACAGCCACCAUGUCCACAUUCAGGCAGGAAGAUGUGGAAGACCACUAUGAGAUGGGGGAGGAGUUGGGCAGUGGCCAGUUUGCAAUUGUGCGGAAGUGCCGGCAGAAGGGCACUGGGAAGGAAUAUGCGGCCAAGUUCAUCAAGAAGCGCCGCCUGUCAUCCAGCCGGCGGGGGGUCAGCCGGGAGGAGAUCGAGCGGGAGGUAAACAUCCUGCGGGAGAUCAGGCACCCCAACAUCAUCACCCUGCAUGACAUCUUUGAGAACAAGACUGACGUGGUGCUCAUCUUGGAGCUGGUCUCUGGCGGGGAGCUCUUUGAUUUCCUGGCUGAGAAGGAGUCACUGACAGAGGAUGAGGCCACGCAGUUCCUUAAGCAGAUCUUGGAUGGAGUCCACUACCUGCACUCCAAGCGCAUCGCCCACUUUGACCUCAAGCCAGAAAACAUCAUGCUCCUGGACAAGAAUGUGCCCAACCCGCGGAUCAAGCUCAUUGACUUUGGCAUUGCUCAUAAGAUUGAGGCUGGGAACGAGUUCAAGAACAUCUUUGGCACCCCAGAGUUUGUAGCUCCUGAGAUUGUCAACUAUGAACCCCUGGGACUGGAGGCAGACAUGUGGAGCAUCGGCGUCAUCACCUACAUCCUUUUGAGUGGCGCGUCCCCAUUCCUGGGGGAGACCAAGCAGGAGACCCUGACUAACAUCUCCGCCGUGAACUACGACUUUGAUGAGGAGUACUUCAGCAAUACCAGCGAGCUGGCCAAGGACUUUAUCCGCCGGCUGCUUGUCAAGGACCCCAAGAGGAGGAUGACUAUCUCCCAGAGCCUGGAGCACUCCUGGAUCAAGGCAAUCCGGCGGCGGAAUGUGCGGCGGGAAGACAGCGGCCGCAAGCCGGAGCGACGGCGCCUGAAGACGGCCCGUCUCAAGGAGUACACCAUCAAGUCUCACUCAAGCAUGCCCCCCAACAAUACCUACAUCAACUUCGAGCGUUUCUCCAAGGUGCUGGAGGAGGUGGCAGCGGCCGAGGAGGGCCUGCGCGGACUGGAGCACAGCCGGCGGCAGUUCCACGAGGACAUUGAGGCGCUGACAGCUAUCUAUGAGGAGAAGGAGGCCUGGUACAGGGAGGAGAAUGAGAGCAUUGGCCAAGACCUCCGACGGCUGCGGCAGGAGCUGCACAAGACCGAGGCGCUCCAGCGGCAGGCUCAGGAGGAGGCCAAGGGCGCUCUGCUGGGGGCCAGUGGGCUCAAGCGCCGCUUCAGCCGCCUGGAGAACCGCUACGAGGCCCUGGCUAAGCAGGUGGCCUCUGAGAUGCGGUUUGUGCAGGAUCUAGUGCGUGCCCUGGAGCAGGAGAAGCUUCAGGGGGUGGAAUGUGGCCUCCGCUAGGGCUGCCCAGGGUGGGUUGGCCCAGAGGGUUCUGGUAGUGGGUGUUCCCUCGACAGCCCUGGGGCCAGGCCCUUCUGUCACCCUUACCUGGCCCUAGAGAGUUCCUGGGCUGGGGCUGAGGUGGGAAGAGGCUGGACUGGGACAUGCUCCCUGGGGCCCAGGGAUUCCCUGCUGAGGGGAGGGGUUUGGCAGGACCUGGGUCUCCACCGCACAGUCCGUCUUCCCUCUGGCUCAGCCUCUCUCAUUCUCUCAACAGUGGUGACUGGUGGGGGCUGGGGGGUGCUUCUGGGCUAGUGUUACCUCCAGAACUCCAUGAGCUCUCUGCAAGGGGUUGGUACCUCCAUGAUGGAACUGGCCAUGGUGGACACAGAUGCUUCAUGCCUGGCCCAGUGGCAGGACGGCAGCCUUCAUGUCCUGGGUCAGGGGGCUGAAGGGCAGUCAGAGAACUUGGAGCAGGGCCUGGGCAGCACUCUCAGGCCCUCCCUGCCCGUUCAAGCACACGCAGCCUCGGGGAGGGUUUCUGAGGGCCCCUGCUUGCCCCAGGGCUUGGAAUUGGAGGGGCCUCUGCUGGACACUGGCCCCUCCUCUUCUAGAGAUGGCGGUAGCUCCUGCAGGGUCAGUGGUAGAAGGGGCCUCUGAGCCCUGCUCUCCCCAGUUCCUUGCUAGGGCACCCCAGGCCCUGAACUGGGCACCAUGGCCAGAGGCAAGGAGAUGAUCCAGCCCUCAAGGAGGCGUCGGUCUGGAGGCAGUGUGGGGGUGGGGGGGGCCUGUGGCUAAGCAUGUUGCCAGGACACAGUAAAGGAAACAUCUGCAAAAGCUGAGUUUCUCUCUCUUUCCUGAGGCCCAGAAGUCCCUUGGGCACUGGGUAAAACAGGUCUGCAGGGGGCUGGGGGCUGGCGACAGGAGGAAAGAGCCGCUGUCCACCUGCAGCCCUCCCCAUUGGAGCAGGCUGUGGAGUCAUCCCCUUUCUGCUCCCUCAUGACGCCAGGUGCAGGCAUCUCGUGACACAUAGUCCCUGAAGUGCCGAGGCCACCAGUGGGGUCCUCCACUGCCUCGGUAUCCAGCCCUGCCCCUCCAGCCCCAGCCUCACUCCUCCACUGCUGCCUUUUGAAGUGUUAGGGCUCCAGCAUCUCUUGGUGGAGACUACAUGGAGUAGUCACAAAAGGCUCAUGGGCCAAGCAUCCUUCUCAGAGAGCCCCCCAGACUCCAGGCUACCCUGUGCAGGGAGAAGUCCAUUUGACUGACUGCCUGUGCUGGUUCCCAAGUGUAUAUGACUAGAAACCCUGGACCAGUGCAGGGUCUGGAGUGGGUUGCAGUGGGCAGUGCUGCCGUGUGCCACUAGGGGCUGCCCUUGAGCAGGACCUUGUACCACCUGAGCAAAGUGCACUAAGUAAUGUUCAGGCUUCAACAAAAUGUGGGUCCCUAUCAGGUGGCCACACUGAGCCGGGAAUUCUCUGCUGCAGGUUAGGUUAAGUGAGUGACACCUGUAUAGAGCCUUCACCCCCAGCCUGGCCAAGUGCAGGAAGGUACUAGGCAGGUGAGACUUGUAUUCUUGCUGAGGCUGCUGGCCAGGGCUCCCCCUACCAGGACACUGCCAGGGCUGAGGCACUGGUGGAGGGAUCUUCACACUGUUUGCAGGUCUGUCUCCUGGGCUGGGGUGGGACCCCCUGUACCUCCCCGACAAGCUGUUGCAUAGUGUAUGCCGUCUCUGCAAGUUUAUGCCUGCCAUGAACCAAAGAAAAUAAAGCCCCAAUUCUAACAUC